CAGCCUCCCGAGGCUCCUCCAUGCGCACGAAUCCCUCGGCCGCCAGCCCCCUUGCUCCUCUGGCUCCUUCUCCCCGCCCCGCCGGAGCAUGUGCUUCCGGACCGGGCGGGGAGAGAACCGGGGGAGGUGCCGCUGCUUCCAGGGCCGAUGCUGCUGCUGUCGGCGGCGGAGCUUCCGCUGUGUCUGGGGGAAAAAUGAACUACAUGCCGGGCACCGCCAGCCUCAUCCAGGACAUUGAUAAGAAACACUUGGUCCUCCUUCGAGAUGGCAGAACACUGAUAGGAUACUUGAGAAGCAUCGACCAGUUUGCAAAUUUGGUGUUGCACCAGACAGUGGAGCGCAUUCACGUGGGCAAAAGGUAUGGCGACAUCCCACGUGGCAUCUUCGUGGUGAGAGGUGAGAACGUGGUCCUUCUGGGAGAAAUUGACCUGGAAAAGGAAAGCGACACCCCGUUGCAACAAGUGUCGAUCGAAGAGAUCCUGGAAGUGCAGCGGGUGGAGCAGCAAGCGAAGCAGGAGUCGGAGAAGCUCAAAGCGCAAGCCCUGAAGGAGCGGGGCCUCUCCAUCCCACGGGCCGAUACUUUAGACGAAUACUAGACGUUCUGUCGGGACAACGGCUACAGGGCUCCGAUUGAAAGGAUUUUGUGUUUAGAUUCUCCUGUGACCAAGAACAGUUGCUUUUUUGUUUCUGUCUUUCCACGCCCCUCACCCCCCCUCCAAGCGUAGAACACAGUUUUAAUCAUGACGCAUGGUUUUCCCUUUACCAAAUCAUUGUUCCGAAGACCUGAAAGAGAUCAGACUUCUGAAUGUAACCCAGUGUGAUGGAGUAGCUGUGGGUGCUGGCUUGGGACGCGGCCCCUUCAGCUUUUUUGUUUGUGUUUUUUGUGACUUUGCAGGAGGCGGUGGAACUCCUUGCAACAUGUAAAUAAAAGCUGACUCUGUGAA